AGUGAAGAUGGCGGGUCAGUCGUUUCUCUCCGAGUCUAUGCUCGGGUGGUCUAUUUUCACUUUUAUACUUAUGGUAAUCCUGACUUUUUGUUGGUUCUACAUUCGGAAAUUUCAAAGUCGUCAGGAGAGUGAAGUUGUUUCGACUAUCACAGCAAUAUGUGCACUGGCCAUUGCUUUGAUAACCUCUGCACUUCUCCCUGUGGACAUAUUCCUUGUUUCAUUUAUGAAGUUUCCCAAUGGUACCUAUAAGGAUUGGGCGGCUAACAAUGAGACAAGAGGGCACAUUGAAGACACUGUGCUGUAUGGAUAUUACACACUAUACUCCAUCAUACUAUUCUGCGUCUUCCUAUGGAUCCCCUUUGUUUAUUUCUACUAUGAAGAAAGGGAUGACGACAACAUGAACAAAUGCUCGCAAGUGAAAAACGCUCUGAAGUACACAGUUGGGUUUGCCAUUGUCUGCGUGGUGCUCCUUUUAAUUGGAGCCUUCGUUCCACUUGAGCCCCCACCUGGUCAGAAUUCCACCCAAUGGGAGAAAGUACAAUACCUUUUUGAAGAGCUUGGGAGUAGCCAUGGUCUACCCGCUCUCUCUUUCUCCAUCAGCUCCUUGACCUUGAUUGGCAUGUUGGCAGUGAUCACUUACACGGCAUACGGUAUGUCUGUACUGCCUUUGAAUCUGAUAAAAGGCACACGGAGUGUGGUGUACGAGCGCCUGGAGAACACAGAGGACAUUGAUGAUGUCGAGCAUCAGAUAGAAAAGCUGAAAUCCAAGUGUGAAGACGGACGUCCUCUCUCCUCAAGGGACAGAGCGAACCUGCAGGAGCUGGAGGGCAAACUGCAGGUCCUCCGGCGCAGGGGGAGACACCUUGACAUCGCAGAGAGGAACUGCUGCACUAAAGUGGGCAGUGCUCUCAGACCUUUGAAGUUCUAA